CGGUGGGAACAGCGCCCAAUCAAUGUGUACGUCGGUUGCCGUAACAACAGGCCCUGGAGUCCGUCUGUGAUGGCCUCCAACUUUAAGAAGGCAAACAUGGCAUCAAGUGCCCAGCGAAAAAGGAUGAGUCCUAAGCCGGAGCUUACUGAAGAGCAGAAACAGGAAAUCCGGGAAGCUUUUGAUCUUUUCGACGCCGAUGGAACUGGGACCAUAGAUGUUAAGGAACUUAAGGUAGCAAUGAGAGCCCUGGGCUUUGAACCCAAGAAAGAAGAAAUCAAGAAAAUGAUAAGUGAAAUUGAUAAGGAAGGGACAGGAAAAAUGAACUUUAGUGACUUUUUGACUGUGAUGACUCAGAAAAUGUCUGAGAAAGAUACCAAAGAAGAAAUCCUGAAAGCCUUCAAGCUCUUUGAUGAUGAUGAAACUGGGAAGAUAUCAUUCAAAAAUCUGAAACGCGUGGCCAAGGAGUUGGGUGAGAACCUGACCGAUGAGGAGCUGCAGGAAAUGAUUGAUGAAGCUGAUCGAGAUGGAGAUGGAGAAGUCAACGAGCAAGAGUUUCUGCGCAUCAUGAAAAAGACCAGCCUCUACUAAGCUCAGCAUCUUCUUUUCUACAGCCUUUAUCAAGCUCAGUGUAACUAGAUUUAGUGCCUGCCUUUGUGUGAAAUCUGGCUUUUGAGAAUACAAACUAUUUUUCCCCCCUGACCUCCUUGUAUAACUUCAGUAGCAACCUUGAAUCCAUUUUAGACUUUUGGAAGUGUUCUUUGAUAUUAAAGUUCUUUGCAGAAUGACCUGCUGAUUACAUUAAUUCUCAACAGCAGAACGGAAGCACGUUUGAGUGGAGAAAGGGCCUUAAAGUGGUGGCCACCAGCCUUUCUGCCUUGCGUUGCUUCACUCCUGUCAUGUGUUUCCACAUUUGUGUGAACACAGAGCGACUUCUUAGACAAGCACAUGCUGUCCCCAUGUCACCGCAAGCAGUGGUCAUUCUUCAAUGGUUCCAGUUUUUAGUUGACAACUAAGUGCAGUUUUCUCUUUUAUAAAACGCAGUGAGCUCUUGCACUAGCAUUUGGAUAUGUGUUAAUGCUAUUUGUUUUGUCUUAAAAAA